UUUGGCCUGAAAACAAAACCCCAUCAUAAACCCUGAAAGAACUACUCACUUCAAACUCUCGCAGCUCAAAAAUGAGCCGAAGACAUUUGAAAACUCUGCUCUUGCACUCAAUCUCCACCAUGUCAUCGUCCCCUCUUAAAUCCAACCCCCUUUUCACCACAAGUCAAUCACAAGCCUUCCCUUCUCCAUCCAAAUUCUUUCACCAAAAUCUCAAACUUUGCCAGGCCAGAUUCCUUUGCACUUCUUCGCCUGACAAUCUCGAUGGUCUGGUCGAUCCUGACGACUUGUCAAUGCCUGGGAGUUCUGGAGUUGAGUCUAUUUCGGCAGAGGAAUUCGCCUCUUUGCGCGAUUCGGUGUUAGAUACCAGUGCCGGUGAUGGGUCUUCAACGCCUAAAUUUGAAUCAGAUAAGUUUUCUAAUAAUGCCAUUUUGAUUUCGAAUAAGAUUAGGAAUUAUAAUGAUGCGUUUGGUGACCAAACCCAGAAGUUUCUUAGGCAGUUUAGGGAUAAUCUGAAUGAAACUCUGGUGAUGGAAGUACUGAAGCUUAUUCGAUAUCCUGAAUUAGGUGUGAAGUUUUUCAUAUGGGCGGGUAGACAAAUUGGGUAUAGUCACACUGGUCCUGUGUAUGAUGCCUUGUUAGAGUUAUUGGAGUGUGGUAGUAAUGAUAGAGUACCAGAACAUUUUCUCCGAGAAAUUAAGGGUGAUGAUAGAGAGGUGCUUGGGAAGUUGCUUAAUGUGUUGAUACGGAAGUGUUGCCGAAAUGGUUUGUGGAAUGUAGCUUUGGAAGAGCUUGGAAGGCUUAAGGAUUUCGGAUACAAGCCAACUCGAGCAACUUACAAUGUUUUGGUUCAAGUGUUUUUAAAGGCUGAUAGGUUGGAUACAGCACACUUGGUUCAUGUGGAGAUGUCAGAUUUGGGGUUUAAGAUGGAUGAGUAUACACUUGGUUGCUUUGUUCACGCCCUUUGCAAAGCUGGGAGGUGGAAGGAAGCGCUCACAUUGAUUGAGAAGGAAGAGUUUGUGCCCAAUACUGCUCUUUAUACAAAGAUGAUAUCUGGGUUGUGUGAAGCUUCACUUUUUGAGGAAGCUAUGGAUUUCUUGAACAGAAUGCGGUGUGAUUCUUGCAUUCCUAACGUCGUAACCUAUAGGAUUUUGCUUUGUGGGUGUUUAAAAAAAAGACAGCUCGGUAGGUGCAAGAGGAUUCUUAGUAUGAUGAUCACAGAAGGUUGUUAUCCAAGCCGUAAGAUAUUUAAUUCUCUUGUACAUGCUUAUUGUAGGUUAGGAGAUUACUUUUAUGCUUACAAGUUGCUUAAGAAAAUGGUAAAAUGCGGGUGCCACCCAGGCUAUGUGGUUUACAAUAUCUUGAUUGGUGGUAUAUGUGGAAACGAGGAAUUACCUAGCUCAGAUAUGUUAGAUUUGGCUGAAAAAGCUUAUGGUGAGAUGCUUGAUGCAGGGGUUGUGUUAAAUAAGGUCAAUGUGAGCAAUUUUGCACGAUGUCUUUGUGACACCCGAAAAUAUGAGAAAGCCUAUAAUGUUAUCCGUGAAAUGAUGAGCAAGGGUUUUGUGCCUGACACUAGUACAUACUCUAAAGUUAUUGGCUUUUUGUGUAAUGCAUCCAAGGUAGAACAAGCAUUUUUGUUGUUUGAAGAAAUGAAAAGGAAUAGUAUUAUUCCUGAUGUCUAUACCUAUACUAUUUUAAUUGAUAGUUUUUCUAAAGCUGGCCUUAUUGAACAGGCUCGUAGCUGGUUUAAUGAAAUGGUAGGAAAUGGCUGUGCUCCUAAUGUGGUGACUUAUACUGCUCUUAUACAUGCAUACCUUAAAGCAAAGAAGGUGUCUGAUGCAAAUCAACUUUUUGAGAUGAUGUUGACUGAAGGUUGCAUUCCCAAUGUUGUUACUUAUACUGCUUUAAUUGACGGUCAUUGUAAAGCUGGUAGAAUCGAAAAGGCCUGCCUGAUUUAUGAAAGGAUGAGAGGUAAUGUGGAAAUCCUUGAUGUUGAUAUGUAUUUUAGAAUUGACGAUCAGAGUAUGAAAGAACCUAAUGUUUAUACUUAUGGAGCUUUGGUGGAUGGUUUAUGCAAAGCACACAAGGUCAAAGAGGCCCGUGACUUAUUGGAUGCUAUGUCGGUAGAAGGUUGUGAACCUACCCAUAUUGUGUAUGAUGCUCUUAUAGAUGGAUUUUGCAAGUGUGGGAAGCUAGAUGAAGCGCAAGAGGUGUUUACCAAGAUGUCAGAGAAAGGAUACAGUCCAAAUGUGUAUACUUACAGCUCUUUGAUUGAUAGGUUGUUUAAGGAUAAAAGACUAGAUCUCGCUUUAAAAGUCUUGUCUAAAAUGCUAGAAAACUCUUGUGCACCAAAUGUUGUUAUCUACACAGAGAUGAUUGAUGGUCUUUGCAAAGUUGGGAAGACAGAUGAAGCCUAUAAGCUUAUGCUGAUGAUGGAAGAAAAAGGGUGUUAUCCAAAUGUUGUUACUUAUACUGCAAUGAUAGAUGGCUUUGGGAAAGCAGGUAAAAUCGAAAAAUGUCUUGAGCUCUUUAAAGAAAUGAGCUCUAAAGGUUGUGCUCCAAAUUUUGUCACGUACAGGGUUUUGAUAAACCAUUGCUGUUCAACUGGCCUUUUGGAUGAAGCUCAUAAGCUUUUGGAUGAAAUGAAACAAACAUAUUGGCCAAAGCAUAUGGUAGGCUACCAUAAAGUUAUUGAAGGUUACAACCGAGAGUUCAUGAACUCUCUUGGGAUUUUAGAUGAGAUGAGUGAGUGUGGUUCAGUGUCAAUUAUUCACAUAUACAGAGUUUUGAUUGAUAAUUUUGUAAAGGCUGGAAGAUUGGAAUUUGCUCUUGAGCUGCAUGACGAGAUUUCGUCAUCUUCACCUUUUACAUCUGUGAACAAGAAUAUGUAUACUUCAUUGAUUGAAAGUCUUUUACAUGCAAAUAAGGUUGGUAAGGCACUGGAGCUGUUUGCGGACAUGAUAAGGCAAGGUGGUAUUCCAGAGCUUAUGACAUUGUUUGACCUUAUUAAAGGGCUCAUUAAAAUUAAUAAGUGGGAUGAAGCGCUUCAACUAUCGGAUAGCAUAUGCCAGAUGGACAUCCAUUGGCUUCUGCAGGAAGAGACAUCUGACAGAAAGUAGUGUGUUUUCUGGACUAUUGUGGUUUGCCACUGAUGACUCAUUGGACCCUGGUCUAAGGUUCUCUUGAGGAGUGGAAAAGUAUUUGUGUGGGAGUCUUUGUGCAAGCAUAUGCACUGUGAGGAUAUGAAUGACAGUUGCCUGCUUAAUGGAGUGACCCUACAGUUUUUCUUACCUUGCGAAGUGGCUAUAAAUUGCAAGAAAGCUAGAAGAAAUUUCUGCUUGCUAUACGAAGGAGCAUAGGUUUUAUAUUCUGCACCAAGGCUUACAGAUGAUGCUCCUUGAGUGUAAGCAGGUCACAGCUGCUAGAAUUUAUUUACGGCUCCAAUAGGACCAAUACCACUUUCCAUUAUGAAUCAUCACAAGAUAAAUUCACUGUGUUCUUUGCUACUUGAUCAUGAUAAGUAUGAUAUUGUUCAGCUCUAUCACAUACCGCUGAUGUUGCUCGUUGAGUGCAAAGCUGGCAGGUGUUGUGGAAUUCAUUUCGUGGGAACUGUCUUCGUUUUUCACUUGAUGAUGUCAAGUGUAUCUAACCAAUAUGAUGAAACUACUCAACAACCUCUAGAGUCAUGUUCGAAUCAUAGUGAAGUGGAUUUCAUUUUUCAAGUAGGAGCGGUAGGACAUGAGUUCGAUUCACUAAGUGGCAUUCUUGUGUUCAAUAAAUAUGCGAGGAAUGUCUGCUGCCUUGUUCGAAUUUAUUCACAAAAGGAGAAAGAAAGAGGAUACAGAUGAAAUUGUAACAAAAAUAAGUUGUGUUUCAAGCAAGCUCAAGGUGACUGCAAAUGCCAUGUGAUGGUAAAAUGAGUGCUGGCAUUUGCUAAUGCCUAAAGUAAUUUGUAGCUGAGAGCCAGAGGGCACCAUCAUUUGAAACCAAAGUGUGAUUGUUUUAUGUUUGAUUUUGAUUUUAUCUUCUUCAUAGCUUCGGCUUAAAGAUUCAGAGGCUGUAACAUCCAAUUUGCAGUCGGGAAAAAUGGUUGAGGAUAAAAUUGAGCAAAACAAGGUGAUUUUUGUUUGUCAAACGCUGAGAAUGAAUCAUCCUACUAUUUGAUGUUAAAGCUUCGAUUAUAUCCUGAACAA